AGUGCCGGUCUAAUCAUCUAUAUCUGGUACGGUGGCAUCCGUUGGUCAUCGCUGUACCCACGCUUACCAUUAAGGGCUAGCGGUCAGGAGUGUGAUGGAUCAUGUACUGCUGAAGCUGAAAAGGAAAAUGUUGGUGCUGUGAAGCGAGAGAAGAAAUACCAAGUACAGCCUGGCUUUGGUGACCGACGUGGCGGUGUCAUUAGUGCCCGAACAUAUUUUUACGCAGAUGAAGCAAAGUGUGACCAUCACAUGGAGACCUUUUUAAAAUGUAUUGAAGCAUCAGGUGGAAGUUCUGAAGAUGGCUUUUCUGCAAUCAAGCUCACUGCAUUAGGAAGACCCCAGUUUUUGUUGCAGUUUUCUGAAGUGCUUAUAAAAUGGCGGCGAUUCUUCCACCAGCUGGCAGCGGAUCAGGGCAAAGCCGGGUUAGCUGCUGUCGAAAUUGAACUGGAAGUGGAAAAGUUACAAGAAAGUUUGGCCAAACUAGGAAUUGCUACAAAAGAUGAAAGUCAUAACUGGUUCACGGGCGAAGAUCUCGGACUAUCAGGAACCGUGGAUUUGCUGGACUGGAACAGUUUGAUUGACAGCAGGACCAAGCUCUCCAAACUUCUUUUGGUGCCAAAUGUGCAGAGUGGACAAUUGGAACCUCUCCUGUCCAGAUUUACAGAGGAAGAGGAUUUACAAAUGAAGAGGAUGUUGCAAAGAAUGGACGUUCUUGCAAAGAAAGCCUUGAAAACAGGUGUUCGCUUGAUGGUUGAUGCAGAACAGACCUAUUUCCAACCUGCAAUCAGUCGUCUGACAUUGGAAAUGCAGCGUAAAUUUAACAAGGACAAUCCCAUUAUCUUCAACACGUACCAGUGCUACUUAAAGGAUGCUUAUGACAAUGUGACAGCUGAUAUAGAGUUGUCUCUACGAGAGGGCUGGCAUUUUGGAGCCAAACUUGUCAGAGGAGCCUACAUGCAGCAAGAAAGAAGUCGUGCAGCAGAGGUUGGCUACGAAGACCCAAUCAAUCCCACCUAUGAGAAAACAAAUGAGAUGUAUCAUAGAUGCCUUGAUUAUGUCUUAGAAGAGAUCCGGCACAAUCGUAAAGCAAAUGUGAUGGUAGCCUCUCACAAUGAAGACACAGUGAAAUUUACUCUGAAAAGAAUGAACGAAUUGGAAAUUUAUCCUGAAGAGAAAAAAGUCUAUUUUGGACAACUGCUCGGCAUGUGUGACCAAAUAAGCUUUCCACUUGGCCAAGCAGGCUACCCUGUUUAUAAAUAUGUUCCCUAUGGACCUGUCAACGAAGUUCUGCCGUACCUAUCCAGGAGAGCCCAGGAAAACCGUGGCAUCAUGAAAGGAGCAAUGAGAGAGCGUGAGCUCCUGUGGAGGGAGUUCAAAAGACGUCUGCUCACAGGCAACCUUCUCUACACUCCCAGAUUCUAGACAGAUGGAUGGCAACGUGGAGCUGAGCUGUAAAAACUGACAAGGAUG